AUGUAUGCCAAAAGAGUAUCUGGGCCUUAUCCAUUGAGCUGCAUCACUUGUCGGGAAAGGCGAAAGAAAUGUGAUAGAACACAUCCAGCUUGUAACCGAUGCAAAGCUAGUGGGUUCACAUGCUUGGGAUAUGCAUCAAGAAACACCGGUUCGAAUUCUCCUGCUGUCGUAACAGGAUCGGCUUCACAAGUUCAAUCCAUUGGGCCACCUGAUGCAGAAUUACCGCGCACUGAUCGAGGUGAAAAUUCUUCCACAAUCCACACGCAUCGCAUAGACGUCACUCAGGUUUCGAGACCUAUAUCCGACACAUUCAACAUUCCUAAUGUGCAUUCACAGACGCAAGCCGCUAUUGCGUCACCCCAACAACCACCUGCCACAUCUUUAGAACAGCUCCUAACUGGCAAUUGCGGUGAUUCCGGAUCAUUCUUCGAUUUGAAUCUCCUACAUAACUUCGGUUCUCUUACUUCUACCGGGCCCGCCGAGACCGCCGAAUACCAGACCAAGGAGUCUUCAACCAAGUCCUCUUUGAAUGACUGCGAAAUAGAAACAAAUUCAAAUUUGCCAGCUGGCUAUGAUUCAAUAUGGGUAUCAUGUUUGAGGAGCAUUGCUUUGGCACGGGUCAAGGAAAUGCACCCAAGUUGUACUCUGUACAUCAGUCCUGAUACUUCGGCCGUAGCGGUAGAGUAUAUCACAUCGCAAUAUGGACGUGCCUAUAACUUAAUGUCCCUGGAGUUAGCGAGCCAAAAAGAAAGCUUUUUCAAAUUUUGGAUUUCUGUAGGAAUCACCCUAUCGAAAAGUGCAUUCUGGUCACUCUUUAUCGGCGCAAAGAUCUAUGAAGCCGUAAUGUCUAAUUACACCACGAUCAGCAAACAAUACAUCAAAACUCUAGACAAAUUCGAGCGACAAAUUGCUUCGCUGAACCGAAAUGGGAUGCCCAUAGAAGAACUAACUGGCUGGUUAUUUGCAGCCUUGGAACUGUUCGAAUUGAGAUUCUUAAUUAACUCUCGCCUUGCUUAUAAAACGAUCACUCUCGCCGUGCCAAUAUUCCUAGACAUCCUAGCUCUGGAGUCAACAAUCUGGUGUGCACCAACGGGAGAUUUUAGGACAUUCGGGCCGUCUCUCCAUAGCACGCUCGUAUCCCCCCAAGUUGGACUCGGAAGAUUCGCAAUGGCUGAUGUAAUAAUGUCGCUGUUUACUGGACUCCCACAGUUCGCACCUUGGGAAGCGAGCUUUCUGCCUGAAUUGGCCCAUCUUGGCUGGGAAGAAUGGAUUCCUGGGUGUCCGCUCAUUUUCCUCCUGGUUUUCAGCCGGGUGAACGCUUGGAGGCAUCGAGACGCAUCUGUAUUCCAUGAUCCAGAUGGAUGGUUGCUUUGUGAAAAGCAAGUAAAAGAAUGGCGUCCAGAUUGUUGUGUUGUGGAUCAAACCCAGUCUUGGCAAGUUAUUGGGAGGCUGGCUAUUCAAGAGGCUCUUCGACAUACGACAUUGAUAUACUUGUAUAUGGGAAUGUGUGGGCUCAAGAGUGGUGACCACCGGGUCCAAGCGUCCUGCAAACAAAUAGCCCAGAUCUGCAAAUUAGUACAUGCCAACCCGAACAUGUCGGUCCACCUCUACUUUUCCGCACUAGUCGCGGGUAUAUGCGCAGUCAACGAAAACACGAUCUGUCAUUUUUAA